UGGAUUGUAAAUUGGAUAAAUGGUUUAUAAGAAAAAGAAUUUAAAACUUAGGUGACAGCUCACGCAUGUGGGCCCAGGUAAACGUUAACCGACAAGGCGGCCAUCUCCUCCGAAUCCACCACGCCUCCCCCAAAUGCCGUCUUCUCUUCCUCGCCACGCCCAAGCUCCCGUGCCGCCGCCGGCGGCCACCGCCUGCCUCCUCCGCACUCGGCGCGGCCGUAUCCGUGUGGGCCUCGGUCGCCACAGGGCCUCGACAGAGCCUCUCGCCUCGCUCCGCUCCUCCGUUGCCGUCCCCUCGUCCCCACGGCACCCGGCGGCGCGGCGGGGGCCGGACGGCAGCCCCAUAGCCUUUGCCGUCGCUGCUUCUGCGGUUGCCAUCUCUGCAUGCUUUGUAUUCUUUUCAGCAAUUCGCUCCAUCUUGGAAUGUAAGAGGGCGGCAGAGUCUCUUGAGAAGUCCUUCAAUUCAACAAGAGAGAAGCUUCCUGAAACAAUGGCUUCAGUGAGACUAGUUGGAAGGGAGAUUUGUGACUUGAGUGUGGAUCUCAGUAAUCUAAGUCAAGGAUUGAGGAAGGGUGUCCAAAGUUCCAUGAGCAUUGUUCAUACGGCUGAUUCUCAACUGCACCAACUGACAACCUCUGCCCAACAAGGAAGUCAGAGGGUGGCUGCUCAUCGCAAGAAAGCAGCAGGAGAGCCGUUGCUUGCUAGUACCGUGAGAGAACUCCGCGAGCUAAUUGCAGAAUUGCACUCAGGAUUUGGAGUAGCCGUCAGCAUCGCCAGCCUUUUCUUCUGGGCAUCAAAUUUUGUUUCUAGGCGUCCUAAGAAUCAUAGAGAGACACAAUCGAGUAUAUAGAGGUCACGAACUCCGCGAUCAUGAAUUAUUUUUCUUGUAGUCAGUUAUAUUUUGCUUGAAGAUAACAACAAAGACAAUGUGAUGUGAAAAAUUCCAAACAUUGAGAAUUUUGUUUGUAAAAUUCAAAACUUGAAAAAAAAAUGUACUCCCUCUAGUUUUU